UUCACUGCCCGGGACUGCAGCGAGCGCAGUGGACACACGCGGUACUGCAAGCGUUCUGCAACUACACGUGGAGUGAAAACACAUUGAACCAGGAAGUGCGGGAGAUAAUAAAAUGGCUUCGAAACGCCAGGUCGAGAGUUGGACCGAGGAGGUAGUUUGUCCCAUCUGCAAGGAUUUCUUCACCGAUCCGGUGGCGCUGGAUUGUGGGCACAACUUCUGCCGCUCCUGCAUCACACAGAGUUGGGACAGGGAGGGGAGAAACUCCUGCCCGGAAUGUAGAGAGGAAUCUGCAAACCGCACCCCCAGGGUGAAUCGGGCCCUGGUUAGACUGUCUGAGAAAGCUCGAACACUGAGCCUGAAUCUCAACGCGAAGAAAAGUAAACUUCAGUGCGAGGAACAUCAGGAAGAACUGAAGGUGUUUUGUAAAACUGACAAGAAACUGAUCUGUUUGAAUUGUGCAACUGCGGGGGAACACGAGUCUCACAGCUUAAUGUUGAUAGAAGAAGCAAUUGAAUUCUACAAGGAACAGGUGAAAUCUUCAUUCGAAUCUCUCACAGAAAAGGAAUCAGAGAUCCAGAAAAUGGAGCAGAAACAGAAAGAGAGCAUUUCUGGAGUUCAGGAAGAGUCACACAAACUUCAGUCACUGCUCACAUCCCAGUUUGCAGAGCUGCACCAGAUUCUCACUGAGAAAGAGCAGCGCUUACUCGGGAAUGUCCGGGAAGAAGAGGAGAAGAUUGUAAAAACAAUGGAGAAAAAUCUUCAAGAGAUACAAGAGAAUUUAAAUUCCAUUCAGGUGGAACUCUCAAAGUUACAGGAACAGGCAAACCACAAGGACAGCGCGAUAUUUCUUAAGGAGGAAGCUGGUCGCAAGAGCAGGGUUAGUGAUGAAACCAAACCAAUGUUGGUGGUAGAUGGCGCGUUGCCCAUUGAAAAGUUUGAUCGCACCUUUUUCUACAACAUGGUAUUGAGAGAAACAUCUGAUAUCAUCAACCGAGUCUCCGUCACCCUGGAUGUGGAAACAGCGCAUCCGUGGCUUGAGGUUCCAGAGGAUCGGAAAAGGGUGAGAUGUACCGGGAACGGGAGGAGUCUCCCUGGCACCAGGAAGAGGUUUACAGACUGGACGUGUGUGCUGGGAUCGGAGGAAUUCACAUCGGGGAGACAUUACUGGGAGGUGGAGGUGGCGGGGAGUCGGGGCUGGAGCCUAGGGGUCGCCGCAGAGUCUGUGGAGAGGAAGGAAUGGGUCCCACUGACCCCGGAGGCUGGAGUCUGGAGCAUCGGGCGUUGGGGGUGUAACGAAUUUGAUGCAUUCACCUCCCCUCUAUCCCCUCUUCCCACCCGUCCCAUCCCCGGGAAGGUGGGAAUUUAUCUCAGUUACGAGUCCGGGACAGUUUCAUUUCACGACGCGGACACCAAGUCCCAUCUCCACACCUUCACUGGCAAUAAAUUCACGGAGAAACUUUAUCCUUUCUUCUGGACUUGGGAUGAAAGCUGGCUGAGAAUCAGCUCCGGUUCCGCUCUGGGUGUGUAAAAGGGUCGGGUCCCAGGACCGGCAUCAGGAGCGGGGCUCAGGGGCUGUGGGGCAGAAACCCAGUGGACAACAGGUCGGCGCUGAACGGAUCACAUUUAAUCCCCAAAUUCCGCGUCGUGAAACCCCAGUGAGCGUGGAAAUAAAACCAGGGGGGAAUGUGGGAAGAAUUAAAUAAACAGCAACUGAAAUCUGAGCUC